AUGGCGGAAUCCAGCAACCUCAAGAACGAGGCUCGACGGAGCGAGGAGGGCCACGGCCUCCUCAACGGCGAUGAGAAGCGAAUCGAAGAGAGCUAUGAUCUCGAGGCCAACAGCACCGCCGCCACCGAACAACAGGCCAACGCCGAUAGAGUCCGCAACCCCGUCGAGUACACCAUCUCACCUCAGGUCAAGUUUGGCUGGUUGAGCGCCUAUUUCAUGUUCAGCUUGGUUUUGACCCUCUACAACAAGCUGAUCCUCGGAGCGUUCCCCUUCCCGUGGCUUCUCACCUCACUUCACGCCACGUGCGCGAGUUUGGGUUGCUAUUGCUUGCUGCAAUGCGGCUACUUCACCAUGUCCCACCUGGGACGCCGCGAAAACCUCAUUCUCCUCGCCUUCAGCUUGCUCUUCACCACCAACAUCGCCGUGUCUAACCUGUCACUUGCCAUGGUCUCCGUGCCAUUCUACCAGGUCCUCCGAACUACCGUCCCCGUGUUCACGGUUCUCAUCUACCGCGUUGUCUUUGGUCGCACUUAUGAGAACAUGACCUACCUGACGCUGGUUCCCAUCAUGAUUGGUGCUGCUCUGACAACGAUUGGCGAGUACACUUUCACCGACCUGGGUUUCUUGCUCACCUUUGCGGGCGUGGUGCUUGCUGCGGUCAAGACCGUUGCUACCAACCGCAUUAUGACUGGCCCCCUGGCCCUCCCCGCUAUGGAGGUCCUGCUGCGCAUGUCGCCCUUUGCGGCUAUGCAGUCUUUGGCCUGCGCCAUCGCCGCCGGCGAGCUCGGAAACCUCAACACCAUGCGUGUGGAGGGUAACAUCAGCCUCGCCACCCUUAUCGCUCUUCUCGGCAACGGCAUCCUCGCAUUCGCCCUCAACGUUGCUUCGUUCCAGACGAACAAGGUUGCUGGUGCCCUGACGAUGAGCAUCUGCGGUAACCUGAAGCAGUGCUUGACGGUUGGCCUCGGCAUCAUCGCCUUUGGCGUCGAAGUCCACCUCUUCAACGGCUCCGGCAUGAUCCUCACCAUGAUUGGUGCUGCGUGGUACAGCAAGGUCGAGCUCGACCGCAGAGCCCGCAAAUAA